AGCGUGACACAUAUCUCCCGUUUCAGAGACUUGGAAGUAGACCUCUAUAUCCUAGUGAUAGAUAUACAAUCGUACGUGCACGAGAGGAUUUAAUGCGGACUUGUCUGUACCUUAUUUUUGUUUCCGUGUGUUAGUCGAAUAUUCAGAAAAGGCAAGCGAUGUCUUCUAUAUACUCUCCUCGAACUAAAUGUGGGGUGUGUGCUGAUGUAAGUAUUCUUCACUCUCACUGCAAACAAUGUGGGAACCUCUGUGAAAACUGUUCAGGACUCCACAGCAAAGGAAAUGCCUUCAAAGAUCAUGAAGUGAUAUCUUUAACUUUUUCACCUGGGAUGGAGACGAGUUCAAUCAAAAAAGAACCUUCAAUUCAGCCUGACCUCGUUGAAAGUACCACGGCCACUUCCACAACACCGGUUGAUCCUGCUUCAACUUCAUCAAAUGCAUCUAACCCUCCGAAGAAGAAAGGGAUGAAACGUAAAUCAGCACAAGAUAGCAUGAAGGGAAUGGAAAAAGCUGCUUGUCCGAAACAUAAAUAUAAUACGGUGGAUUUAUGUUGUCAGGAUUGCAAUCAAGCAAUAUGUUCCCAGUGUAUGGCCACUGCUCAUACUGGACACAGAACUGGAGAUUUUACCGAAUUUUUCGAACACAAAAGAGCUAUGUUAAGAAAUGAUUUAUACCUCAUCCAGAGCCAUAUCAAGCAAAGAGAGGAAGCAAAACAGCAGUUGGUCGAACAUCUAGAAAAAAUGGAACAAGCUACAGAAAACGUGGUAAAGGAGGUAAAAGACUUCAUCGAAAAAAUGCGAGCAACGAUUCUCCAGAAAGCAGAAGAUCUGAAAACACGUACUAAAGAAACCAAAAGGCAGAUUACUUCUAGAAAGGGCGAGUUUGUCAAAGAAAUUAACAAACUAGAAACAUUGCGUAAAAAAUGUCAAGAUGAGCUGGAUACUAAAGAUUCGGGAGUUGUUCUCUUCAGAAAGGAUGUGGCGCCCUCGCUCGAGAACUACAAAACUCUCCCAAGCUCGUACAAAAUUACACCUCCAGCAUUUAUUCCAGCGGCAUUAGAAAAAGAUAUUAUUAAUAGUUUUGGAACCAUCGUUUCCGCAAUUAUUGAAGAGGAAACUAUUGCUUUUAAGCCAUCAUCUGUUCCAGUAAAAAUGCCAGGUAAAAAGAAGAAGAAAGGUGAUAACAGUACUCCAUUGCCUGUCUCGACAGCCAGUUCUGCCACUGCUCAAGAUCAUGAAAUACUGCAAGAUGCAGUGAAAUCAAUUUAUCAUGAGCUUGGUAAACACAUUAAUAAAAAAUGAUGAAGACAAAUGGAACUAAAUAUUUCCUUCAAAUUUCGACCAGCAUGGUGAAAUAAGGAAAAUCUUCUUCUUUUUUCAAUUUAGAUAAUAAAAUAUGCCUGCAGUGGAGAAAUAGAGAAAUACAUUGAAAGAAAUUAUCCAAGAAAUGUUGAACAUGUACUAUGAUCACAGUGAUGUAGUCAGUUAUUAGAGAGAGAGAGAGAGAGAGAGAGAGCAUUGCAAAGUUUCAAAGAAUAGGAAAAAUGCUAUAAUACUUGCAUAAAUUUCUUACUGUCACAAAAAAAGUUAUCUUGUGUUUCAUAUUUCCAAUUUGGUCCGCCUACUGAAUAUGGCUCUUUGUGUAUGGAUCUGUUUAGUUAUAUGCUGCAAAUAAUGGGGAAAUAAUGAGACGUAUCAACAUCUAUGUUUAAGAAAAUACGCAACGGAGUUAAAUUUUGUACUUUCUUUAUUUACUUAUUACCUGCAUUAUUUAAAAGUUCCAAUAAUUGAUGUGAGACUAUUAAUGCCUAAAGAUGCUGUACACCUCUUCUAAAUCUUGUAAAGAAAAACAACAUACAACUAUAUUUUUGUUAACAUUUUCUUCGAAAAAUACAAGAAUUUUAUCAUUUGAUAUCUCUUCAAAACCCCUAGUUAUGUAUGCUAUGUUUUGUCUAUGAACAUCUGAUGGUACUAUAAUUCUAAAUUAAGAAUAUCGUGAAAAAUCAUCAGUAGGUGUGUACGUUGUAAGGUACGUGUAUAUGUACGUUGCGUAUGUUCUUAAGUGAUUUUAUGUUGGACUUUGAUUUAAAAGAUUUUGCUGUAUAAAGUAAGUAUGUAUCAAUAUCUAUAUUAAAGUGACUUUUUAUUAUACUUUUAUUAAAUAGAUUUUGCUGUAUUAAAUAUGUAGCUUCCAAUAAA